AUGGCGGGAGGCACCCCUCGCGGAAUCAACGCGGCGCGCAAACUCAGAGUGAACAAGAAGGAUCGGCUAUGGGCCGACCUCAGCUGGCGGAAGCGCACUCUCGGAAGCACCUUUCGGUCGUCCCCCUUUAAAGGCUCGUCGCACGCAAAAGGCAUCGUGCUAGAAAAGGUCGGCGUCGAAGCCAAGCAGCCCAAUUCAGCUAUUCGGAAGUGCGUGCGGGUGCAGCUCAUCAAGAACGGCAAAAAGGUAACUGCGUUUGUGCCACAUGACGGCUGUCUGAACUUUGUCGACGAGAAUGACGAGGUUCUCCUAGCCGGAUUCGGACGCAAAGGUCGGGCAAAGGGGGAUAUUCCAGGCGUUCGGUUCAAAGUCGUCAAGGUUUCGGGCGUGAGCCUCAUGUCUCUUUGGAAGGAGAAGAAGGAGAAGCCUCGCCAGUAG